ACCUGAAGAUGCUGCAGUGCUACCGCUGCCGGCAGUGGUUCCACGAAGCCUGCACCCAGUGCCUCAGCGACCCCAUGAUGUUUGGAGACCGGUUCUAUGUGUUUUUCUGCUCCGUAUGCAACCAGGGACCUGAAUACAUCAAGCGCCUGCCCUUGAGAUGGGUGGAUGUCGUCCAUCUCGCCCUCUACAACCUGGGCGUGCAGAGCAAGAAGAAGUACUUUGACUUUGAGGAGAUCUUGGCCUUCGUGAACCAGCACUGGGAUCCGCUGCAGCUUGGGAAGCUGACAGGCACCCCCAUCUCCGAGCGCGGCCCCCACCUCCUCAACGCUCUCAACAGCUAUAAAAGCAGGUUUCUGUGUGGGAAGGAAAUCAAAAAGAAGAAAUGCAUCUUUCGCCUGCGGAUCCGUGUCCCGCCGAACCCCCCCAGCAAGGUGCUGCCAGAGAAAGCCCCCGGCGUGAGCGAGAGCGGCUCCUGUGAGCUGAAAAAGAAGGGAAAAAGCAAAUACGUCCAUAAGGACAGCCUGCUGCCGCGGCAGCUCCAGCAGCAGAAGCGGCGAGCGGCGCGGCGCAAGAGGGCCAAGUUCCUGCUGGAGGACGCCAUUCCCAGCAGUGACUUCACCUCUGCCUGGAGCACCAACCACCACCUGGCCAGCAUCUUUGACUUCACACUGGAUGAAAUUCAGAGCCUGAAAAGUGCCAGCUCGGGACAGACGUUCCUAUCGGACGUGGACUCCACGGAUGCUGCCAGCACCUCGGGCUCGGCCACCACAAGCCUCUCCUACGAGUCCAGGUGAGGGCGGUGCCCCUUGACCCCUUCCAGAGGGGUCCCGGUGGCACGGCCAGGGCAGGGGGGGCAAGGGGCUGCCCCUCUUCCCCCGCAGUCCCCUCGUGUCCCGCCACAGGGGUGUCCCGCAUCGGGAAGCCUGUCCUCCCUGCCUCCCCAACCGGACGACGGCAUCGACAGCCACACCUUCGAGAGCAUCAGCGAGGACGACUCCUCGCUCUCCCACCUCAAGUCCUCCAUCAGCAGCUACUUCGGGGCGGCGGGCAGGCUGGUCUGCGGCGAGAAGUACCAAGUGCUGGCGCGACGGGUGACGCUGGAGGGGAAGGUGCAGUACCUGGUGGAGUGGGAAGGCACGACCCCAUACUGAGCCCCGCCAGGCCCCUAAACCUCUCCCGGAGCCACACCGGAGGAGAUCGGGAUGGUGGGGAGACCCUCGCCGUGAAGCAGAGGAGGGGUGCUGGCCUGCGGGGAGGGCUGGGACCCCGCCACGCUGGGGGUCCCGGCUGGGCCGGCUCCACGGGAACCUCCACGGGUGGAGGCAGCGCCCAAGCCGGUGCCAUGAGGGGUGAAACCCGCAGCCUCGCCCCUGGAUUUUUUUUUCUAUUUUAACUAUUGUUAUUUUAUUGGCUGUGUAUAUGCAAAGAGCGUGGCCCAGCUGCGCUUUCCUGCUGGAGCCUUUGGCUGAGCCCGAGGCACCAUCGCAGGGGUGGUAAGAGCAGUGAGGUCUGGCCUUUCCAGGAGGGUUCCCCCGGCACUGCUGGGCACCCCCUGGGGAAGCCCCUUUGGGGGGAACCCCACAACGUGCUCACGCAGACGGAUGUCGUGCCGGUGGCCGGCACAGCCUGACUUAUCCCCACGUCCAAGCCUUACAGAGCAGACUCGAGGGGGUCCUGCUGCUAAAGCCAGAAGCACCUCGCUCACCCGUGCUUUCACAGCCCGUCCCUGUGCCCAUAGGGAAACGUUGGGCGACUCUCUCCAGAGCCGGUGUACGGCCUUUUCCUCCUCCUCAUAAAUCCUUUCGUUAAGGGAAUGUGGUUUGGUUUAAGUGAGGGGAAAAUGCCCCAUAAACAGCCCACAUGUGGCCAGCUUUUGUGGCCACGGGGCAGAUGUAUGUGGUUGCUCUCGUCCGGCGACCUGGACUGUGUGUGAUGAUGCGCCAGCUUCGCUUCCCUGUUCUGACAAUCACGGUCUUGGAAGAGAUCGGCCUGAAGAUACGCCCUUGCCUUAAAACCACCGUGGGCAUUUCACAGACCGGAGCCCGAGGCCUUUGUUCCCACAGGAAUCUUCGUCUUGAAUGUGCCAAACGAUCAGACAAACCAAAAAAAGGCCGAAGAGGACAGCGGGGGCAGGGGGAGGAGGUUGUCCUGGGGUCCCUGCGGCCAUCCCCGUGGCCUCGUGGCCGCGCUCUCUGGUGCUGGCGUAGCCUCGGUGUUUGUGAGCACGGGGGGGUCGGUUUGUGUGUGGAAGAGAAGGAGCAGCCCCCCUCUUUGACUAAAGCAAUACUGCCAGGUUAUUCAGGAGCAAAGCAGCUCUUUUUUUAAAAAAAUUCUAAUAUCAUCAGACAUAUUUGUUAGAUUUUUUUUUUUCUAAGAGAGAGAGAUAUAUAUAUUUUUAAUGUUGUCCUCCUCAUCUCUUCCCCAUCGCCACUGUGGCUGUCCCAUGGGGACAGAGGGUGGGCGAUGCUGGGGGGGCUGCCUGGCCCUGCUCUGUCAGCGCACCCAGUCCCUCCGGCCCCCUCGUUGUUCCUGCGUGUGCUCGCAGGAUCUGCCGACCCCAGGGCGAAUUGAAAAGGUUGUUUUACUGCGAAAGUACUUAAGAAAAAUUCAUUGGUGUAAUUGGCACGAGGGAGCAGGUGACGUUUGCAAACCAGAGGCCAAAGUGUGGCCCUUAAAAAUAAACUGCUCCAGCUACCGCUAAAAUAACGUCGUGGGACGCCCGGGAAGGGGGUUACCAGAUGUUUAAAUUCCUCCAGCAGGCACCAGGCCCCUGCGAGGUGCCAGCGCCUCACAUGGGCCGUGGUUUGGG